CAUCCCUCAUCCUACUCUCUAUCACGCUGGAAUGGUCACUGACUAGGUUUACGUCAGUGCUCAUGGAGGCUCGUCUUGACUUUUGGGGAUCACGCCUUCGGUCCUCUGACCAUUCUUCCAGCCUCCAAACGCCCUUUACCCAGCGCAGCACGGCCACGCGCCCCGCCGUUGCCUGAGCGCAUCACCACUGUCCGACCAUGAUGGCCUCUAACCUACUGUCUAAGCUUCUUCCUUCUGCAUCGGACGAAACCUACGAACGCGAACCUCUCACUGCCCACGACCGCCGCGGCUCUACCUCGACCGACGAGCGACACGAGAUGGACAUAGACGAGGAAAACUUUGAGGCUCGCUUUGAGGAGCAAGACCUCGCACAUCUGCUUGAAGAAGCAUCAUCAAGUCAGAUGACGACUGAGAGUCGCGCUGUCUCCCCGGAGGCCAAACGCAACGCACCACCCGGCAUUAACACAGCGAGUCGCAUGCCGGCUUGGAGACAACCUGCUCCAUCUCGCACUCUGCCCUUGGACGACGAUGACGAUGUACCACAGUCCUUACUUCUUGAAGGAGGACAUGAGCCUGGGCCGAGUGGGACUCAGCGCAACGAAGGUCUCCCUCUGCCUGUGCCGGGCCCGGCCACGCGACAAACACGGGCGCAGUGGGAUGCUACACGGAACCAACAGCGGCUGCACGACGAGGAUGGAAACGGCGCACCUUCGCGGCCGUGGGGACAUACCAGUAGACCUGGGCAUUUUGCCGCCGACCGGAAGGAGAAGGCCUUGUGGCUGUGGGUGAAUCAAAUGGACCUGGACAACUACAUGACCGAGGUCUAUGAUUACUAUGUCGGCUGUGGCAUAUACUCCAUCCUUCUGGCCCGGGUUCUGACGCUCGCUCGAAGUGCCUUCGUAGUCGGGUUCAUGACAUUCCUUGGCUUCUGCAUCGACUACUCCAAGUUGCCAAAGAGCAACAAGCUGGAGCAGGUCCUGGUGCCAAAGUGUGCAGCCAAGAUCCAUGGAAUUUGGAUAUUUGGCCUGUGGGUCUUCAUCAUCUACUGGCUCUACACGUUCUACAACCUCGUCACCGAUAUACCCCGGCUCCGAGCCACGCACGACUUCUACCACUACCUGCUCGAUAUCCCCGACCGCGACAUACAAACCAUACAGUGGCAGCAGGUGGUGACGCGCAUCAUGGCUUUGCGGGACUUGAACUUGACCACCGCCUCCAACCUGUCUCCGCAGACUCGCAAGUUGCUCGAUUCGAAGAGCAGACAGCGACUAGAUGCUAUCGACAUCGCGGGUCGCCUGAUGCGUCGUGACAACUACCUGAUCGCCCUCUUCAACAAGGAGAUAUUGGAUGUCACCGUUCCGCUUCCCUUCCUUGGCAAUCGAUAUAUCUUCUCGGAAACGACCAGAUGGCACGUCAAUCUCGCCAUCAUGGACUUUGUUUUCAGUGGACCGAACGGCCAGUUCAACCCUGACUUCUUGAAGGAACGCAACCGCCGAGAGCUCGUAAAGAGGCUGAAAACUCGCUUUUUCUGGACUGGCAUCAUCAGUAUCCUCUGCGCACCUUUCGCCGUGGUAUUUGUGCUUGCUUCAUACAUGUUCAAAUACUUCACCGAAUACCACAAGGAUCCAGGCCAACUCAGUAACCGCGACUUCACUACUUUCGCUCAGUGGAAGUUCCGUGAGUUCAACGAGCUGCCUCACUACUUCGCCCGUCGCCGUAACAUGGCCUAUCCGUACGCAAACCUCUAUCUUGCCCAGUUCCCCAAAGACAAGACCGAACAAGUCUCAUCAUUUGUCGCAUUCAUUGCCGGCGCCUUCGCAUUCGUCCUUGUAGUAUUCACUCUGAUGGAUUCGGAGCUCUUCCUCAACUUUGAAAUCACCCCGGGCAAAACAGCUAUCUUCUGGAUCGGUAUUCUUAGCACGAUUUACCGUGUCGCACGUGGAAGCAGCCCUCAAGACGACCAGGUCGCAGAUCCAUCCUACUACCUCCAACACGUCAUCUACCACACGCGCUAUGAGCCCGAGUCGUGGCGUGAUAGGCUACACACCGAUGAGGUUCGCGCUGAAUUCGCUCAACUGUACCAGCCCAAGAUUGUCAUAUUCGCUGAAGAGAUACUCAGCAUGAUCAUCACACCUUUCCUGCUCAUGUUCAGAUUGCCGCAAUGCAGCGAGCGCAUCGUCGAUUUCUUCCGCGAAUUCUCGAUUGUUGUCGAUGGCCUAGGUGUAACAUGUUCUUACUCCAUGUUCCCCUCUACAAAGACUACUCGCAACGCCAACAACAUCCCAGCGAACGGAGCUGCUGCCCCAAGAGAAGAUCCUGAUCUCCGGGAAGACUACUUCAUGGCCAAAGACAACAAGAUGAUGGCAUCAUACUACGGCUUCUUGGACACGUACCAGAACCCUGGACGUGGCUACAACGGUCGCCUCCAAGGCCGAAGCCAAUUCCAUCCUCCACCACAGUUUCCCAAUACCUUUGGUUCCAUGUCGCAAACUGCGCAGCCCGUUGAAAUGGGCGCAAGAGGAACGAGCAGAGGACCUACUGGCCGCCAGAAUCUCCAGCAGAGAACACCCAGACAUAGGCCGGGUGCUAGGGACGAGUCCAUGAACUCUGUUCUUCUGGAUCCUCACCACCAGCCUUCUUCUGCGUCUAUACUCCGCAGCUCGCCACGUCAGGCACCCAACAGUAGGUAUCGGACGCCUUUGCAAGCUGUCCCGGAUGCACCUGGCCCGUCGAAUACGCGUAUUGAGGAGGAGAGUACACUGGGUGACUCGUGGCGAACGAGUCGUCUUGCACAGGAUGAUGACGAGGAAGAGGAAGCACCGGGUAACAACCGUGGAGGUGUACUACAGCUUUUGCAGCAGUUUUCUCGUGCACAGGCUGAAGGUCGAGGCGCUGGUGUCGGUGUUUGAAUUACACGUUCAUGUUGCAUUUGCCUUUGGUUACGUGGGAACAGGCAGGCGUUCGUCAUUGGAGUUGCUGGGUUGGGAACUUAUACCACUUUUAGCAUCGGACCAUUACUAGUAGAGAUCAAUAGCAAUCAUUCGAGCA